AUGAAAUUUGACAGCAUUCUUGCAGAAAUUAAUGGAUUUGGAAAAUUCCAAAUUGCUCUAGUCCUGAUUCAGAUCCUGUCUCGAAUUACUUUGCCAUGUCACUUUCUGCUGAACAUUUUCAUGGCAGCUGUUCCUUCGCAUCACUGCAACAUCGAUGCUUUGGAUACUGGAGCUGUCUUUGGAAAUUUAACUUUAGAUCAGAAAUUAGCCGUUGGUAUUCCAGCAGAGCGGGAUGGGACUCCAAGCUCCUGUCAGAUGUUUUCAGAGCCCCAUUAUGAAUAUCUGUUAGGCUCAAACAGCAGCAAAGGCUCAUUUACUGUUCAGUGUCAAAAUGGAUGGGUAUAUGACAAAAGCACCUUCAAGUCUACUUUGGCAACAGAGUGGGAUCUCGUGUGCAGCAGAAAAGGUAUGAACAAGGCAACUGCAACCGUUUUCUUUAUUGGUGUUAUGGUUGGAGCCCCAGUUUUUGGGUUUCUCAGUGACAGGUUUGGGCGACGUCCUCUUCUGCUCGUGUCUUAUCUGUCAUCCUUGAUAUUUGCAGUGCUGAGUGCAUUCUCCACCUCGUAUGUAAUGUUUGUCAUCUUGAGAUUUUUUACGGGCAUGUCACUCGCAGGAAUAAGCAUCAUGGCCAUUGUUUUGAAUGUUGAAUGGUUUAGCAUUAAACACAGGACUUUCUCUGGUGUGAUCAUAAGCCUGGAUUGGACAAUUGGGAAUUGGAUCCUGGUUGGCACUGCAUAUUUUGUAAACGAGUGGAGGAAGCUGAUUCUAGCAGUUACCUCCCCCCUGAUUCUGUCUAUCAUUGCUUGGAGGUGGCUUCCAGAGUCUGCUAGAUGGCUUGUAGCUCAAGGAAAGACAGAUGCUGCUCAUCAUUACAUAAUGAAAUGUGCCAAGAUGAACAACAGAUCCAAGUGCAUGGCCACCAUCACACCAGCGACAUUACUGGAAUGUGCAGAAACUGAACAUGGCACUAAGAAGUACACUUUUGUAGAUCUUUUCAGAACCCCAAAUAUUAGAAAACUUGCUAUAUACUCAGGAAUGGUAUGGUUUGGCGUUGCAUUUACAUACUAUGGAAUAACUCUGAAUAUCACAGGAUUUGGACUGAACCCAUACCUAACACAGUUCAUAUUUGCAUCCAUUGAAAUGCCCAUGAAGAUUGGCGUCUAUUACUUCCUGGAGAAAGUUGGGAGAAAGCAUGGCCAGAUGGGUUCCAUGCUAUUAACUGGUCUCUGUCUCUUCAUCAACAUCUUUGUUCCAAAAGAUAAAUGGACUGUUCGUACUGUUGUGGCAGUUCUUGGAAAAUCUAUGUCAGAGGCCUCAUUCACUAUCAUGUAUCUUUACACUACUGAGCUUUACCCUACGGUCGUUCGACAAAAUGGCUUAGGCUAUACCUCAUUUCUGGCACGACUGGGCGUGUCCAUUUCUCCACUCAUUGUACUAUUGGAAGAUCUGUGGCAUCUCCUCCCUGCAGCCACUUACUGUGCAGUGGCAGUUGGAACUGGUUUAGUUGCUUCACUUCUGCCCGAAACAUUAAACACCCGACUGCCAGAGUUCAUCGAAGAUAUUGAGAAACCAAGGAGACAGUCACCAAGGAAGGAGAUUAUGAGGUUUGACAAUGUGCUGGCAGAGAUCAAUGGCUUUGGAAGAUUCCAACUAAGAACAUUCCUCUUGUUAAUAAUUCCACGGCUGACUUUACCAUUUAACUUCCUGCUAAAUAAUUUUAUUGCAUUUAUUCCCUCUCACCACUGUGACAUCAGGUCUCAGAAUAAUGGAGGUGUUUUCAGGAAUUUAUCUUUGGAAGAGAGGCUCAAUGUUAGUAUUCCUUUUGAGCAGGAUGGGAGUUUGAGCUCCUGUCAGAUGUUUGCAGAGCCUCAGUACCAACUGCUGUCAAACUCUUCCAACUUAACCCACAUACCCACAGUGCCAUGCCAGAAUGGUUGGAUAUAUGACACCACCAUCUUCAGAUCUACUCUGGCUACAGAGUGGGAUCUGGUUUGUGACAAGAGAAAAAUGAACAGAGCCACGGCCACCAUAUUCUUUGUGGGGGUCAUGUUAGGAUCAGGAAUAUUUGGCUUCCUUAGUGACAGGUUUGGCCGGAAAAAAACACUUCUGUUGUCUUACAUGGCAAGUUCCGUUUUUGGGAUAGCGGCCGCUUUGUCCUAUAAUUUCCUAAUGUUUGCUACAAUGAGAUUUUGUACUGGACUCGGACUCUCGGGAAUUAGUAUAAACUCCUUCGUCCUCUGUCUUGAGUGGGUGGAUAUCAGGCAUCGGACUACAGUGGCUGUUUUAAUGAGCUUGGACUGGAGUGUUGGUUGUGUUAUUCUACCUGGAGUGGCCUAUUUGAUCAAUGAUUGGAGAUUCCUGACUGCUGCUGUAAUCUCCCCACUGUUUGCAGCUAUGCUCUGUUGGUGGUGGCUCCCUGAGUCUGCCAGGUGGCUGAUGAGCAAUGGAAAAACGGAUGACGCUCAUUUUUACCUGAGUAAAUGUGCAACAGUUAACGGCAGAGAGGACGUUAUGGCUGACUUAAAACCUGAGGUUCUGUCUACAGUAAUACUUGUAGAAGAUGAAAACAGAAAAUAUUCCUAUCUGGACCUCGUGAAGACCCCCAAAAUGAGAAGGCGCGCUCUACUUAGUGGCAUUGUGUGGUUUGGAGUGGCCUUCGCUUAUUACGGAAUCAGCUUGAAUAUCAGCGGAUUUGGUGUGAACAUUUAUCUCACACAGUUCAUCUAUGGUGUCAUAGAGAUUCCAGCCAAAGGAUUCGUCUUUUUCACCGUAGACAAAAUAGGUCGAAGGUGGAAUCAAGCCGGGACGCUCAUUUUGACUGGGCUGCUUAUAUUCAGCAGUGUGUUUAUCCAUGCAGAUAGGGGGAAUGUUCGGACAGCUGUGGGAGCUUUGGGCAAGAUGUUUUCAGAGGGCUCUUUUACAAUAGUUUUUCUGUACACAACGGAGCUUUAUCCCACAGUAAUGAGGCAAAAUGGAUUGGGAUACUGUUCCUUUAUGGCCCGUGUAGGUGUGGCUGUAUCCCCCUUGAUCAUGCUCCUUGAAGAUGUGUGGGUGAAUCUGCCAAGUUUUGUUUUUUCCCUGGUGGCUUUAGGCGCCGGACUGUCAGCUUCUUUGCUCCCUGAGACGUACAAUGUGCGUUUACCGGAGACUAUUGAGGACGUGGAACAGACAAGAAGACGAUCAGUCUCCGCCUCUGAUGAGAAAUCUCCUGCCUGUGCGUUUUUGUCAGUGCAAUGAAAAUCCCCAUAGGACUACACUAAAUCACCACAGCAACUUGAUGGGAGCAAACAGUUUAAACAUAUGUAAAAACAGUGUCUUUUACACAUGUUCAAUCCAUGUUGAAUAUGAAGUCAUUUUACCUCCUCAUGGGGGAAAUAUCCAAAUUUAGCUGUAGUAGAAUUCUUCUUUGUUGUUGCAGAGGGUACAAAUGUAGUGCCUUUCACAUGUGUGAUCUAAGUACAUACCGCUGUGUAGCUAUAAAUUUACAAAAAA